AUGUGCUGUCGAAGCAGCAAGAAGGGCGGCUGCACGCAUGCUUGCGGCCGUGAGAGUACCUUUCACACCUCAGCAGCAGGUGAUUCGUCGCCUGCUGCUAUGAAUCCUCCACGUGGUGAGUCACCACGUGCGACAGGUACAUCCGUUGCGUCUGCAGCGGGUAUCUCGAGUCGUAAUCAAGACGAGUCUGAGAUAGAGCUCAUCUAUUCUGGCGAGCCAGAUGCAUCAUCCGACUCGAAGGCGACUCCUCACGACUCGGGAUCAUCCGGGGCCGACACUGCAAGAGCCAGGUUGACUGGCUCUGGGGGAGGUGCGGCAUCAUGUCCGAGAUCUUCGGACCGAGCGAUUCUUCCGAUGUAUCCUCGCCUCGUGCAAGUCUAUCCGACGAUAGGACGCGUGGUGAUGGUGUUGAUGUCCCUAUGCAUCACCUCGAGAGAAGCAACUCGAGAGAUCGAGCUGCCACUGGUGUCAGUGCUCGUGCUGACACCAAUCAAGAGGCCAGGGACCGAAAUGUCCUGCGUUACGCUCCCCAAGUGGAGUCUCCGUGGAUGUCGCCAUCCAGAGAGCUGGACCGAUUGGCUGGCAUGA